AGUACGUCUCGCGGUCAGUGCGAGCGCCGCGGUAAAGUGUUGUCACCCAGACGCCUCCGUGCGGGACGUACCCUAGCGCAGCGAGUAGAAGUGAGAGCCACCGCGUCAGCCCCGAGCUGUUCACGAAUCUCAGCACCCAGCGCCUGAGCUGUUUGGAUAUUUGCGGGAAAUAGAAUAGAGACGUCAUGCCGCUCCACGCACGCUCCGUCCUGGUCACCGUCGUCCUGGCGGCGGUCACUCAGAGCGUCCUCACAGCACCGCCCGACCGAUUCCAGCAGCACCGGGCCUCCGAGGUGGCCGUCGAAGAGCGCCCCUCGGCCCUCCGCGGCCACGACGCGCCCCCGGAGCACUUGUCGUCGACGCUGUUCCCGCGCCGAGUGCAUCGCCCACGGCGCCCUCGUCGGGGCAGUGCCGAGGGCAGUGCCGAACCCCUCGACGGCGACGUCGACGCCCUGAGGCGGCGACUGUUCGCACACCGCCGACACCACCGCGACGACGAGGACCUCGACUUCGGCGGGCUGCGGGUCGAUGACUUCCGGCGGGAGGCGCGCGGCGGUGCACCGGUGUCCAUGGCGGAGGCCGAGCCGGAGGCCCUCCUGGACUACGAGGACGUCGACGACGGCGGCGAUGGCGACGCGGUCGGCGUCAUCGUUAGCGCACCCAGGGCUCGCUGCCCGCCGGGGGAGCGCUACUACGAGCGACAGUGCCGCAAAGUGUGGCGGUGAGGAACCUCAUGUUUGUUUUGUGCACUCGCGCAGAGUGAGGAGACUUACUAGUCAUAUUUAUUGGAAGGAAAGACUCAGAAUGUGCGGGAGUGUCUGUGUGCGCCUGCCUAUGCGCAUUGAGAUUGGCCUUACUUUCAAAGUGAAUGAUUAAGAAUUUGCUGAUGUGAUCUGAAUAUGUGAUUUUCAUUGCGUGUCUACUUACGUUACUUAACUGUACCCAUUUAGCUUAAUUUUUUGUCAAAGUUGCUGACGGACGAUCGUAUUCCUAAAACAAGGGACUGAUAGUCGGUAAUCCAAGAUAGUGAAUGUGUGGUGCGAAGACAGGUUAAUUAUUUAUCUAUGUAUAAUUCUCUACUUUGUAAUAAUUUAUUGCUCUUCCUUUGAUGGAAUAAAUUUUUUAUUUAAAAA